AUGAGGUGGGAGAGGGAUCGGUUCGCGCUCAAGCUUCUCCUCCAGUUCGUCGAUGAGCGCGACCUUCCAUUUCAAUCGUUGAACUUGCCAGGCUCACGAACGCGUCAGUCUGACUACAACAUCGACGGUGAUGACAUGCACUAUCCAACCCGACCGGUCGACAAGGACAAGGCGGAAGGAGAGCUGGUUGUGAACAUUAAGAAGGCUACCAACCCAGACGAAUCCGCACCUAAACAGAAACAUGUCCGGAAGUGUAUUGUCUACACCUGGGACUACCAUUCCUCAAUUUCCUUCUGGACCGGUUUGCGAGUACAACCUAUCCUCUCUGAUGAAGUGCAGACCUUCAAGGCCUCAUCACCGUCCACAAAGUGCUGCAGGAGGGGCACCCUGUGUAUCAAAGAGGCGCAUGGUCAGACUGGUUGGUUAGAGACUUGUGCGAGAACAGCUGGGCACGAUACCUCUCGAGGCUAUGGUCCUCUCAUCAGGAAUUACGUGCAAUUCCUGUUGGCGAAAUUGCGUUUCCAUCGAGUUCGUCCUGAAUUCAACGGUCUGUUUGAAUACGAAGAGUAUAUCACACUAAAGGGCAUAGACGAUCCCAACGAAGGAUAUGAAACCAUCUCAGAUCUCAUGGCCUUGCAAGACAAGAUCGAGGAGUUCCAAAAGAUGAUAUUCGCGCACUUCCAUCAUUCUGCCAGUAACGAGUGCCGCAUCUCUGCGCUGGUCCUCUGCAUGCUCCGCGCAAUGCACAGACGAACGAAUGACAUCGAGGCUCUCGAACCCCUUCGUACGCGAUACAACGCACAACACUACAACCUCCGCAAGUUCUACUACGAAUGCUCUAACCUCAAGUAUCUUACUGGUUUGAUUAAUGUGCCGAAGCUGGGCCAGGAACCGCCGAACCUACUGGACAAUGGCUCUGCCCCAGACCUGCCUGCGCGCCCCACAACCGCCUCUGUCAAGACUCCUCCUCCAGCCGCCCCUACCCCUGCCAUUGAUAUCAAUGAGCAGGCGCGCAUGCUGAAGCAGUAUGAAGAUCAGCAAGCAGCUUUGGUGGCGGCACGCGACGAGGAAGAGCGGCGUCGCAGGGAGAUGGAGGAACAACAGCAACGGGAAUUCGAGCAGAGACAGGCGUCGCAGAUGGAACAACAACGGUUGGCCCAAGAGCAGCUCCUUCGGCAGCAGAUGGAACAGCAAAUGAUGCAGUACAACAAUCAAGCCGCGCAACAGGUGCAUGACUUGGAACGUGGAAUCCUGGAGAUGCGAGGACAAUACGAGCGCGAUCAGUUGAUGCUGGAGCAGUAUGAUCGAAGAGUCAAAGCCCUUGAGAGCGAGCUCGGUAGCGUCACAGCAAACGUCGGGUCUCAGAUGGCCUCGAAGGACGAACUUAUCCGACAGCUCCAGGAACAAGUCGCGACUUGGCAGAGGAAGUACGAGGCGUUGGCCAAGCUAUACAGCCAACUACGCACGGAGCACCUUGACAUGCUCUCUAAGUUCAAGCAACUGCAGCUCAAAGCCAACUCUGCUCAGGAGUCCGUCGACAAGAUGGAGAGGAUGGAGCGCGACCUCAAAGCCAAGAACCUGGAACUGGCCGACAUGAUCCGCGAACGCGACCGGGCCCGCUUCGACCUCGACCGCCAGAAAUCGAGUCACAAGGACGAGCUUGACAGGCUCCGUCGCGAGAUCAACUUCGCAAAUGAGCGGGCAGAGGAUGCUACGCGGUCGAAGAGUUCGGAGGUCUCUGGUGUACUCUCAAAGUAUAACCGUCAGCUCACUGAGCUCGAAGACUCGUUACGGGCGAAGCAAAUGCAAAUUGACGAUCUGCUCGCCAAGCUCGACAAUGCCGGAGGCGAUCUUGAUCGUUUGCGCGAAGAGAAGGACGAUGAGAUUGAAAUCCUCAAUGAUAGUCUUACCCAAACCCUCCGGCAGUUGCAUGAAGCCCAGCAGAACCAGGGGUUGAACGAGGAAGCAACAAACGCGCAGAUCGAUACCCUCAUCUUGGACAACCGAAAGAAGUUGAACGACAUCAUCGACUCCAUCUUCAAUGCCUGCGUGCAGAAAGUUGACGAAGCGAUCUACGAAUUGGAAUCUCCCGCGCAGGCUGGGAACCAGAACUCCACGCCAGAGUACACGCUGUCAAUGAUCGAGAAAACUAUCAACAACGCAACCGACUUCGCCACUAUCUUCAACCUCUACUUGGGUGGUGAGCCCGGGGGCGAGCACGUCGAGGUCAUCAAGGGGGCAAACGAGCUCGCUCAGUCGCUCGCGGACGUUCUUGUCAACGCCAAGGGGAUCACUCGUCUUGUCGACGACGACGUCGCAGACAAAGUCAUCAACGUUGCAAAGAACGCUGGUGAUGUCGGCCUGCGGGCAUUCCUCAACCUGCAGUCCUACAAGCUCGACCUCCUCCCGCAACCCACUCAGCGCAAGGAAGUGGCCAUGCGUCACAACGGCGAAGUCCGGGGCGCGCUGUCGAAGAUGUCAGAAAUCGUGGACAGCCUCGUACCGAAGGGCGGCAAGGCUGGCGCAGUCAAGAGCAGCGGCGACCUCGGGGAUCUCGUCGAGCAGGAAAUGCUGAGCGCCGCUCAGGCCAUCGAAGCCGCCACGGAGCGCCUUCAGCAACUCCAGUCCCGCCCCCGCGACUCGUCUCGGUACAGCGCCGUUGACCUGCAGGUGCACGACGCGAUCCUCUCCUCCGCGCUGGCCAUCACGUCCGCCAUCGCGCGCCUCAUCCGGGCCGCGACCGAAUCCCAGCAGGAGAUUGUCGGGCAGGGCAAGGGCACGAGCACGACCCAGCAGUUCUACAAGCGCAACAACCGCUGGACAGAGGGUCUCAUCUCCGCCGCCCGCGCGGUCGCAUUCGCAACGAACCUGCUUAUCGAGUCCGCCGACGGCGUCCUUUCCGGCACGCACACUCUCGAGCAGCUCAUCGUCGCCUCGAACGAAGUCGCCGCCGCGACCGCACAGCUCGUGGCCGCGUCGCGCGUCAAGGCGAACUUGAUGUCGAACACGCAGCAGCGGCUCGAGCUCGCGGCCAAGGCGGUCACCGAGGCGUGCAAGGCCCUCGUAAAACAGGUCAAGGCGAUCUCAGCGAAGCAGGCCCAGGAGGAAGACGUGGACUACAAGGGCAUGGCUGUGAUGGAGUACAAGCGGCGCGAGAUGGAGCAACAGGUCGAGAUUUUGCGGUUGGAGAAGGAUCUCAAUGCGGCGCGGCACAAGUUGGGCCAGAUGCGGCGGGCAGGAUAUCACACGGACGAGACGGAUUGA